AUGUGUUGCUAUUUAUUCAGCAGUCUCUUAUUCGUAUGUUCAAAAUUGAAUUAUCUUAUUGAGCAAUUAAAUGCCGGGAGCAAUAAAUAUUUUACACGCUGUCUGACAGUAUUACCUUCCCAAACAAGUUCAUUGGAUAAUAGCCGUGUUACAAUCGCAUUUUAUAGCCUAAGUGCCUUAGAUUUACUUCAAUACCUACCUAUUGCACUUCCAUACAAUGCAUCAGAGUUGAUUUCAUGGAUUUAUAGCUUACAAUUGAUUACGGAUACAGAUGUUUGUGGUUUUCGUGGUUCAUCGUGUAUGAUAACAUCUCGAACAACACCGAAUGCCUACGAUCGUGUACAUAUAACAAUGACAAUGGCAGCACUCAUCUCAUUGUUAUUAUUAGGUGAUGAUUUAGAAAAAGUUCAACGUAGUCGAAUUGCAUCGUCGUUGACUCAUCUUCAAUUACCAACUGGAGCAUUUUUAGCGACGCAAUUAUCAACAGAAAAUGAUUUACGUUUUGUUUACUGUGCAUGUGUCAUUGCUUACAUCUUGAACGAUUGGUCUGGUAUUGAUCGAGAUCUAUGCACAAAUUUUAUUCUACAAUGUCGAACGUAUGAAUAUGCCUUUGGACAAGUUCCGGAUGCUGAAGCACAUGGUGGUUCGACAUUUUGUGCUAUAGCUGCAUUAUCCUUGCUGAAUCGUUUGAAUGAUUUAGACCAUCAGGAUGAACUUGUUCGAUGGUGUUUACAAAGACAAACUGAAGGUUUUAAUGGUCGACCAAACAAGCCCGAUGAUUCGUGUUAUUCGUGGUGGAUCGGUGCAACGUUAAAACUACUUGGAAAAGAAUCUUUGAUUAAUAUUGAUCAAAAUCAAGCAUUUUUACACGCUACUGAAUCAAAAAUCACUGGAGGAUUUAGCAAAUUGCCAGAUUCAUCAGCUGAUCCAUUACAUUCUUAUUUAAGUUUAGCAAGUUUAUCAUUAAUGAACCAUGACAAAUUGAAAUCAAUUCAUCCUGCUUUACUUUUUUCUGUUGAUGUUGUUGAGAGACUUGAAAAAGAUCUACAUCUGAAAUGGACUGGUUGA